AUGGAAGAUGCGAAACCAAUGAAAACACUAAUGCAUUCUUCAACUACUCUUGGUCUGGACGAAGAAUCACCAGACGAUGAUAGCAUGAUGUACCAAGGAAUGGUUGGUUCUCUCUUGUACCUAACAGCGUCAAGACCAGACAUCAUGUUCAACGUCUACGUCUGUGCCAGGUUUCAAGUAACACCUAAGGAGGUACACUUACAAGCUGUAAAAGGAAUCUUAAGAUACCUUAAAGGAACAGCUAACCUAGGCAUCAACUUCUAUAGAAGCCAUAAUUUUUCCCUUCUAGGAUAUUGUAAAGCAGAUUAUGCAGGAGACAAAUGGGAGAGAAAAAGCACUAGCAAAGGAUGUCAUUUCCUUGGUCGCUGCUUGGUUUCAUGGACUAGCAAGAGGCAAAGCACGAUUGCCUUAUCAACUUGUGAAGUUGAGUAUGUUGCCACAAGGCAAUGUCUUACGCAAUUGCUUUGGAUUAAACAUCAGCUGGAAGACUACGACAUUUAUGAAAGUAGUAUUCUUGUACUCUGCGAUAACACUGCUGCAAUUAACAUUUCUAAAAAAACCUGUCUUGCACUCUAG